AUGAUAGUUAAACUUGAUAUUGAACUUGUUCAAAUGAUUGAACAAGAUAGGUUCAUUCCCGAUGAAGAAGAUGACGAAAAUUUAACAGUUACCCAUGAAACAUUUACACACGAGACAAAUACGAGAUCUACUGCCUCAUCUCUUCCCGUUUCGUUUCUGAACGAUUUUGAUGGAUUAAACCUCACUAGAGAACGUAUGCAACGCUAUGACGAUGAGAUAUCUACUACCACAUCUACAGAAACAACCACAACGUCUGCAGCUACACCUACACUCACAUCUGCCAUUGCUCCUGAUACAGAGACCGGAGCUACUGGAGAUAGUAGAAGGGAAAGAAUUAGAUUUAAACGAGAAAAAGCAAUAUUCCAAGCACUUAAUAACAUCGAGAGCGCAUUGGAAGUCGAUCUUUGCUAUGUUUUAGACUGCACUGGUUCCAUGGCGGGUCACAUUGCUGCUACCAAAGAUUGCAUUUUACAGGUGACAGAUUACAUUAAAAAUACAAAUCCGUCCAUUAAAAUACAAGUUGGGUUUUGUGGCUAUCGUGAUUUCUGUGACGGCAGCAAUCGCUUGCAAGUUUUUGAUUUUACCGAAUCACACGAAGUAUUCAAAGCAAAUUUAGCUACUGUAGCAGCCACGGGUGGUGGUGAUGGACCAGAAGAUGUUCUUGGAGGUCUUGACGCAGCUUUGAAUCAAAUGACCUGGCGUAAUGGUACUCGGGUUCUUCUACACAUUGGGGAUUGUCCACCACAUGGUCGUCGUUUUACCGACAUGCAAGAUGACCAUCCAGAUGGUGACCCAAACGGCUUAACAGCAGAAAGUGUACUACAAAAAAUGCAAUCAGAAAGCAUUCUUUAUUUUUUUGGAAAAAUUACAGAAUACACUGAUAAGAUGAUUCAAGUAUUCGAAAGCAUAAUUGGCGAAAUUCCAGUGUUUGAUCUUGUAGGAGGAGAUCCGAUCGAAUUAAUUAAUAAAUUUACCAGGGCUGCCACUUCAUCUAUCACUAUUUCUGUUUCACUAACUAGCACCCUUGGAAGUAGGUCUAGUGAUGUAUACUCUUUACGACAAAUAAGACGUGAUAUGAACCCAGAUGUGCCCAAUUGGGACGCUAUUCCAUCGCGAAAGGGAGUAGUUUUAUAUUAUUUUAUUCCUAAAACUAUGGAUGAAAUUAAGGAUCCGAGAUGCUUCAGAAAAGAAAAUCUCUUUUCUAAAAACUUCUCUUUCAAGAUUGCACCGCAGCCAUUUUCUGCUGGAGUUGAAAAGUAUGCAUAUUUUGCCCUUAAUACUAGAAGAAAUCCACACAAAAGACUAGUGCUGAAAGAAUAUCUCAAAGACGGAAGGACAAAUCCUUUUGAAAGGUAUCUUGAGGCUGUAGAGAUCUCUACUGUGGCAACCUAUCUUUCUAUAAGAUUUAAUGCAGUUGCAAGACAAAAAGUGAAUUUCCUCAAUGUGGAACUUAUACGUGCUACUAUUGACACAAAGACUCAUUAUUAUAUUUCAGAGCCGGAACUUCAAGAUGCAACUUUUAAGCGAUUCAAUGUGAAUAGUGGAGUGAUCGUAGAAUUUCGUCCUACUCUUGAGGCAUUUGCCCAUUUCACAUAUGAAACUACUGGAGGGUAUUUGGUGGUUUAUGAUCUUCAAGGAAUCGAACUUACUGAUCGGUUCUUAUUAACCGAUUCAGCAAUACAUUGUACUGAUAUCCUAAGAUUUGGAAAGACAAAUUUAGGCAGAGAUGGAAUUAACAGGUGUUUCUUGAAAAAUCACAAAUGUAAUGAGAUUUGCAAGAGUUUAAGGUUAAGAAAUAUUGGAUAA